AUGAGUGAUUUUGGAGAAAUCCUGAGAGCUGUGGGAGAAUUUGGGCCAUUCCAGAAACGUUUGCUCAUGUUGAUAUGUUUGCCGAAUUUCUUCAUGGGUUUCCACUUGAUUGCUCAGAUUUUUACUGGUGCGAGUGUCCAACAUUAUUGUCAGACCAAUUGGAUCUUAAACAUCAGUGCUGGUCUGGCCAAAGAAGAACAAUUGCUCUUGACUCUCCCGAAGGAAAACAAUGGCUCUUACCAGAAAUGUGAAAUGUACAAGCCAAGUCCAGAUAAAGAUAUGGAUUGGAUACGAUUACACCUCAAUCAGUCUACAGUAGCAUGUGAAGAAGGCUGGGUAUACAACACCUCACAAUAUAGCUCGACAUUGGUAACAGAGUUUGAUCUGGUUUGUGAUGACAAUUGGUUAAAUCAGCUCUCACGGUCCGUUUCCAUGUUUGGACUUUUUGUUGGUGCCUUGGUAUUUGGUCCACUAGCAGACAGGUUUGGCCGACGCCCAAUUGUUUUGCUGUCACUGAUUCUUCAAUUCGCCAGUGCUGUGGGAGCAGCGUUUGUGCCAAGUUUCAACCUAUUCUUGGCUCUGCAGUUUGUUGUCGGUGCAUCGGUGUCUGGCAUGUUAAUUAACAACUUCGUCUUAGGUGCAGAAUGGUCUGGUGUAUCCCACCGAACACUUACAAUUGUCCUCUCGCACUGUGCCUUUUCAUUAGGGCAGAUCGUUCUGGCUGGACUGGCUUACGGGAUACGUGACUGGAGAAUGCUGCAACUAACUAUCUCAUGUCCAAUGAUUAUUUUUCUGCCUUAUAUAUGGGUCCUCCCUGAAUCUGCAAGAUGGCUUAUAACAAAAGGUCAAUAUGAAGCAGCCAAGAAGUAUAUAAUGAAUGCAGCAGUAAUAAAUAAAAGGGUGAUACCUGAAACAUUGUUUGACAAGCUUGUGACUGAGAAAGAAGUCCAGAAAGCCACCAUUUUGGAUCUUUUCAAGACAUCAAAGCUGAGGAGAAUUACAUUGACUUUAGUUAGCAUCUGGCUCAUAAACAGCUUUGUGUAUUAUGGAUUGGCCUUUAAUGUUGGGAGCUUUGGCGUGAACAUUUACUUAACACAACUCAUCUUUGGUCUGGUGGACCUUAUGCGUUUCUCUUGCAUUUGGCUGUUGAACAUAUUUGGUCGGAAAAAAUGUCAGGGAGGUUUCCUGUUGCUCAGCGGAAUCUCGUGCCUCUUUACAUUAUUUUUUCCAGAAGGUACGCCAUUAGAAGUCACUGUACUUGCUGUCAUUGCAAAACUGGGAAUCUCCUGCUCCUUCUCCACUGCCUACAUUUAUUCUGCUGAAUUAUUCCCAACUGUGAUCAGACAGAGUGGCCUUGGUUUGGUGUCCAUGUCAGCUCGGACAGCUGGCAUUUUUGUCCCCCUGUUUGUACUUCUCCAACAUGACUAUCCAGCUCUCCCUAUGGCCUUCUUUGGCUCUACACUAAUAGUUGCUACAGCCCUGACUACCCUGCUACCUGAGACUGCCAACAAAGAGCUACCAGAUCAAACCAGUCAAGUUGGAAAAACUAAAUGGAAAGUGAAUAGAAAGAAUGACUUAGAAAAUGGACACCAUCAGACUACAGGAGAAAACAGAAACUUUAUUGAGAGCACCCGAUUAUAA